GCCGUUGCCCCGUGGCAGGAAGCUUCAUGCUGAAAAGUCUUCGAUUGCGGCGAACUGCGCCAGAUGUAUGAUCGCUGGUAAGCUUUCAGGUACGCUUACCGGCCAUUAAGGGGCGUGUAAAUCCGAUGUCGUAGCCCAUUCAGGGUCGACCCAAGAUCACUGUCGUAUCAUCGUAUGUCAUCGAAUGGGCUUCGGACGGAACAUGUCUCCACCCUCGUCACGCAUGAAUCAAAAGUGGACCAGAGUCUGCUGGAUUUCUAAUCUUGUCCCGUUGUCCUGGUUGCAAGUGAUCCGUAUAUAAAGGCCAGGAGUACCCCUGGGGAAUCGACAAUCAUACUCUGUGGAUAAUCAUAAUCUUCAUACCCAAACACUCAAUCAAAAUGGCUGCUUCUGAUUACAAGUUCGAGGGCUGGAUGGGCCUUGACAAGAACUCCGUCGGCAACAUGGUCUGGCAGGAGUUCGAGCCCAAGCCCUGGGAGGAGUCCGAUGUUGACAUCAAGGUCACCCACUGCGGUAUCUGCGGAUCCGACUUGCACACUCUCAGAAGCGGUUGGGGCCCCACCAUGUACCCCUGCUGUGUCGGUCACGAAAUCGUCGGUGUCGCUGUUCGCGUUGGCUCCCAGGCCGAGGGUGAUAUCAAGGUUGGAGACCGUGUUGGUGUUGGAGCUCAGAGCGACUCUUGCCGCGGCCGCAACGGUGACUGCGAGGAGUGCGCCUCUGGUCUUGAGCAGUACUGCCGCCACUCCAUGGUUGGCACCUACAAUGGCGUCUACCAGAACGGCGGCAAGUCCUAUGGCGGUUACUCUCUCUACCACCGCUCUCCCUCUCGUUUCGUCGUCAAGAUCCCCGACGCCAUCCCCUCCGCCCAGGCUGCGCCCAUGCUUUGCGGUGGUAUCACCGUGUACUCUCCCCUGAGACACUACGGCUGCGCUCCCGGCAAGCGUGUCGGUAUCAUUGGUGUUGGUGGUCUUGGUCACUUCGGUAUCAUGUUCGCCAAGGCCCUUGGCGCCGACAAGGUCGUUGCCAUCUCUCGCAAGAACAACAAGAAGGAGGAUGCUCUGAAGCUCGGCGCUGAUGCCUACAUCGCCACCGAUGACGAUGCCGACUGGGCCAAGAACAACGCCCGCUCCCUCGACCUCAUUGUCUCCACCGUCUCUUCCUCCAAGAUGCCCAUGGUGGACUACGCCACUCUGCUCGACCUCGACGGUUGCUUCGUCCAGGUCGGUGCUCCCGAGGACGGUGCCCUUGAGAUCCCUGCUUUCGCUUUGAUCGGCAAGCGUGCCAAGCUGGGAGGUUCCCUCAUCGGAGGCCCCAACGAGAUCCGUGAGAUGCUUGCCCUGGCUGCCGAGAAGAAGGUCCAGCCCUGGAUCGAGGAGCGCUCUAUGAAGGACGCCAACAAGGCCGUUGUGGAGAUGGACGCUGGCAAGGCUCGCUACCGCUACGUCCUGAGCAACGAGCUGUAA